AGGAGUCUUGAAGUGGGCAGAUGGAAAGAUGUAUUCUGGCAUGUUCAGAAAUGGCAUGGAAGAUGGAUAUGGCGAAUAUAAAGUACCAAAUAAAACACUGAAGAAGAGUGACCAUUAUAUUGGAUUUUGGAAGGAAGGCAAAAUGUGUGGACACGGUAUCUACAGGUAUGCAACUGGGGAGGUUUAUGAAGGAAGCUUCCAGGAUAAUAUGCGUCACGGCCAUGGCCUUCUACGCAGUGGGAAACUGACUUCUUCUUCACCUAGCAUGUUCAUCGGCCAAUGGGUGAUGGAUAAGAAGGCUGGGUAUGGAGUAUUUGAUGAUAUUACAAGGGGAGAAAAAUACAUGGGGAUUUGGCAAGAUGAUUUUUGCCAAGGCAAUGGUGUUGUGGUCACACAGUUUGGAUUGUAUUAUGAGGGAUCCUUUAACAACAAUAAAAUGAUGGGGACUGGUGUAUUGCUUUCUGAAGAUGACACCGUAUACGAAGGAGAAUUUUCAGAUAAUUGGACCCUUAACGGAAAGGGAACACUGACUUUGCCAAAUGGAGAUACUAUUGAAGGCACUUUCAGUGGUGAAUGGGGAUCUGGAAUAAAGAUUACAGGAAACUACUUCAAACCCACUUUAUAUGAUCAUGAGAAGGAUCGGCCUAAAACACUGCGGAAGUUAGGAAGCCUUGCUGUUCCGGCGGAUGAGAAGUGGAGGGCUGUGUUCGAGGACUGCUGGCACCAGCUUGGCUGUGAACAGCCAGGCCAAGGGGAUAGGUGGAAAGCUUGGGAUAACAUUGCUGUUGCCCUGACAACCAAUCGAAGGCAACACAAAGACAGUCCAGAACUCUUGAGCAGAUCACAUGCACAGACCCUGGAAAGCUUGGAGUUCAUUCCACAACAUGUCGGUGCCUUCUCAUUAGAAAAAUAUGACAACAUUAAGAAAUACCUCAUAAAGGCAUGUGAUACUCCUCUGCACCCUUUGGGAAAACUUGUUGAAACCCUGGUAGCUGUAUACCGCAUGACGUAUGUGGGAGUGGGAGCCAACCGACGACUAUUGAAGGAGGCAGUGAAGGAGAUUAAAUCCUAUUUGAAACGCAUCUUCCAGUUGAUCAGAUUCCUGUUCCCUGAUCUUCCUGAAGAGGGCAGUGUAAUACCCUCGCUGGUGACUGAGAUGAAAGGAACUCGGUCUUUCUGUACUGGAAAACAGGACUCCGAAGCUGACUCUCCAGAGCCAGGUUGUGUGGUUACAAGCUCUAGCUUAUUACUUCCUGUGCUACUUCCACGACUCUACCCUCCUCUGUUUAUGCUGUAUGCCCUGGACAAUGAACGAGAGGAAGAUGUUUACUGGGAAUGUGUUCUGCGUUUGAACAAACAACCAGACAAAGCACUAUUGAGCUUUUUGGGAGUGCAAACGAAAUUUUGGCCAACAACAACAUCUGUCCCUGCUGAAAAUAAAAAGGUAUUAACAAAUACAAAAGAUGCCUGUUUUGCUUCUGCAGUGGAAUGCCUACAACAGAUCAGCACAACGUUUACACCUACUGACAAGUUGAAGGUGAUCCAGCAGACAUUUGAGGAGAUCUCACAGAGCGUUCUUGAGUCUCUUCAUGAAGAUUUCCUUUGGUCCAUGGAUGAUUUGUUUCCUGUUUUUCUCUAUGUGGUGCUACGAGCCCGGAUAAGAAAUUUGGGGUCUGAAGUGCACUUGAUUGAGGACCUCAUGGAUCCCUAUCUCCAACAUGGGGAGCAAGGCAUUAUGUUCACAACUCUGAAGCACAUUCUGUCUUUGGUCCGGCACAAAAUGAACUUUUUUGACAAGAAGGAUAUUGAUGGUGUAUUAUAUGAACUGCUCAGGUCUCCAUGGCUGCAGGCUCUUCUAAAGGUGUAUGAAUGCCUUCAUCAGUAUAUCAAGAGAAGACCUGUCCCAUUCAUGUCCCAGGCACAAGAAUUGAUGCAUGAGGUAGUGGAGUUGCUGCAUAGAGUACAACAACCUCCAGAAAUUAAAGAGCUAAGACAACUUCUACAAGGUCCUCACUUCAAGGGUGCCACCAUUAAACGCCAUGAGCUGACAGGUGAUAUUACAGUAGCAAGAGUAAUCCAUGGAGGUCUGGCAGAUAAAAGUGGGUUGUUAUAUGCUGGAGACAAACUUGUAGAGGUAAAUAGAAUCCCAGUGGAGGGCCUGGAACCGGAGCAAGUCAUACACAUUCUGACUCUGUCCCAAAGCACCAUCAUGUUCAAGCUGAUUCCAGGUUCUGAUCGAAUCAUCUGCAAUCAAACAACACUCUAUGUGCGUGCAAUGCGGGAUUACUGCCCUCGUCAGGACCCUCUCAUUCCAUGUGCUGAUGCAGGAUUGCCAUUUAAAAAAGGAGAGAUUCUUCAGAUUGUAGACCAAAAGGACAUCCUGUGGUGGCAGGCAAGGAAAGUCUCCAACCUCAAAGCCUGCGCUGGACUCAUCCCUUCCAAUCACCUUCUGAAGAGGAAACAGCGAGAAUUCUGGUGGACUCAGCCCUUCCAUCUCCACACUUGCGUCAAAUCAAUCU